AUGGCCAGCUACGGUGGAAACAACAACGGUGGCAGCUACGGUGGCAACAGCUAUGGCGCCAACCGACCAGCCUAUGGCGGCAACAACAGCUACGGUGGAAACAGCAGCAAUGGCAGCAGCUACGGCGGCAACAGCGCUUACGGCUCCCAGUCCUCUCAGUCCUCCUACGGCCCGAACAGCAACGCCGGCGGUGGCGGAUACAACUCUGCGCCACGACCCGGUCAGUAUGGCCAGCAGCAGCAGCAGUACGGCCAAAACAACGGCAACUCUGGUGGAUAUGGUGGCAAUCAGUAUGGUAGCAACAACCAAGGUUAUGGAGGCAACCAGUACGGCAGCAACCAGCAAGGUGGCAACCAGUACGGAGGACAGCAAUACAACAACAACUAUGGAGGAUACGGCGACCGGAACCAAGUCCAGCCUGGCCAAGAGACAGAGGAGGAUGUCGACCGCGUCUCCCAGCAGAUCCGCGAUACCCGUCAAGAGUCUGUCAACUCGACCCGGAAUGCCCUUCGCGCACUUCAGGAGGCUGAGGAGAGUUCUGGAAGGACCAUGGGCCAGCUUGGCGAGCAGUCUGAGCAGCUCGGCCGCAUUGAGCGUAGUUUGGAUUCAGCCCAAAUCCAUGCCGACAACGCCCAGGAGAAGGCCGGCGAGCUCAAGACGGUUAACCGUUCGAUGUUUGCGAUCCAUAUCAAGAAUCCCUUCAACUCGACCAAGAAGAGGGAGAGGGAGCUCGAAGAGGCCAAGCGUAAGGCCGCGGAGGAGUUGGCUCAGAGGGAGGCUAUCCAUCGUGAAGAGUACCAAACCAAGCAGCGUAUCGAUAUGGCGAUGGGUAAAAGUGCCUAUGGACGCGCUCCGGGUAACACCAACAACUACAGUAACGAUGGCCGCGGCGGUCCCGGUGAGCGUUCGGCGUAUGCGUUUGAGAACACGGCAGAGGAUGAUUCACAGGAGAACGAGAUUGACCAGAACUUGGAUGCUAUGGGUGGAUACUUGGCAAGACUCAAGACCAGUGCCAUGACCAUGAACCAGGAGGUCAACCGCCAGAACGAGCGUAUGACUCACGUCACCUCCAAGACCGACAACCUCCACGGAUCCGUCACCCACAACACUGCCUUGUUGAAUAAGAUUGCCAAGAAGGGAUAA